UGUUAGUAUUUGAAAAAUAGACAAGAAGAGCAAGAGAGUAAAGCAGCAGAAGGGGUGAAGAUAGGGAUGGCGGGCAUGUCUGGAUGUAGUUGCCGUUGGCAGUGGGCGGAGGCGAAAUCCAUGGGAGUGGGCUGUUGGUUCCCUUCCUCAACUACCAAAAGGAGUUUCCGGCCUGUGAUUGUUUCUGUUUCUGCUAUCUCCGAUGAUAACUCUCACUCUUACACUAGCAGCGGAAGAAAGCUAGAAGAAGAAGGCAUCAAAGGGUCAGGAACUACCGCCAGAGAUCGCAGGUUGCUUAGAAUUCGCCAAGAGAAACGACAGCGGGAAUACGACCUCCUUAACAACUACCCUGCUUGGGCAAAAGUCCUGGAAAACGCUUGCAAAGACGAUGCUGAACUCCGUGCCGUUCUCGGAGAUAGCAUUGGCAACCCCGAACUCAUGAGGAAACGAGUCGAAGAUAGGGUGAGAAAGAAGGGUAGAGACUUUCAAAAGUCUAAAACAGGAUCCGUCCUUGCUUUCAAAGUCACCUUCCGAGACUUCAAUCCACUUGAUUCAUAUAUCUGGUUUGAAUUGUUUGGAUCACCAUCAGAUCGGGAUGUUAAUCUAAUUGGUAAUGUUAUUCAAUCAUGGUAUGUCAUGGGUCGUCUUGGUGCCUUUAAUUCUUCAAAUUUGCAGCUGGCAAAUUCAUCAGUGGAGUAUGAUCCUCUAUAUGAUGCAGAUAAAGGUUUCAAAGUGAUGCCGUCAUCUUUCCAUGAUAUCAGUGAUAUUGAGUUCCAGGAAAACUGGGGACGUGUUUGACCGAGACACAAACCAGAAGAAGAGAGAUAAAGAAGAAACAUUCCAAAUGUUUUUCAGAAUAAGUAAAGACUAGGUCCCUUGUUAUUCCUUUCAACCAUUCUCUAGCAUUUUCUUGUUGGAGGUGUUUAAUACUUUUGCUAAGGAUAAAUAGAACAAGAAAAAAAGGUUAAAUUACCUCGCAAGUUUCUGAACUAUUUGAUAAUUUGUUGUUAGGUCUUUGCACUAUUUUUUUUCCUUUUCAAUUGAGUCCUUGAAUUUAUAUUUUUUAAUUGGGUUUUUCCCACAGGAACCUAAGUAGUCCAUUAAUCUAUUAUUAUCACCUCUGCAUGUCUACACUAGUAUUCUUACCUUUUUCAUGUCAGUCACGUGGUUGAGAAUAUUGGAUUCAAAACCUGUAUAAAAAGAAUAUUGGCUUAAAGAUGUAAGAAUACUGGCCUGGAGAUGUAAAAAUAUACGGUGCAAAAUUGUUGCAAAGGUGACAAUAUUAGAUUCCGGGACUAACUAGGUCAUUGUGGAUCUGUGGUUAAUUCUCUAUCAUGGCAAAUAGACAGAAAGGCUCGGUUAAAAAAUAAAUAUAAGCUCCUGAAAAAAAA